AUGCAGAUUCUCCUCAACAUCUUUGCCCAAUUUCCCUCUAAACAUCUCAUCCACUUCACGCCGACUUGUCGCCACUUCCACUCCUUGAUAGUACGCUUGCUGUGCCAUCGACUCCAGCUCGCGGCAUGUCUCGACGGACAAUCCGCGCUGUAUCUUGAAUGCGGUCCGCCGAGCGCGAAAUGGACCAUGUCAAAAGUAAUAUGCUCCUCCUUAGGCACUGGCGGUAUGGAAGAGCUGGUCUGCGAUGUACAGGAGCAAAGAGAUCGAGUCGGUACAAUCAAACGUAUGGGAGACUUGUAUACACGAUUUCGGCCCAUGAACCAGGAACCAGACUGGUUGUCCAUCCCUCGACCUCAUCCUGCUGGAGACAUACCUGGCUCACGCUCAUACGUCCCUGCGGAUGCUGUGAAAACAAAGUUGGCAAACGCUGGUAGCGUAGUGUCGAGGACGAUCGGCAUCGAUGCCGAUUUCUCCUUCUCCCAACUUGAGACAAUGGCUUAUCUGGGCAAACGUGAAAGUACCCGUGGUCUGCUCUGCAGUGUACAAGAGCUCUGCAGAGGCACCAUUCGUGUCUGGCGGCACUGGUUGGCAGAUCACUGCGAGAGUAAGAAAUGGUCUGAUGGCGAGGUAGUGAACAUCAUCCGUGACCAUGACGAUACUGCAACUAGUAGCAGGUCCAGGACCAACAGUAUUGCCAAUGCUCUGGAUCCACGAAGAGAUUCGACCAUUCUCUGGCUGAACACCGGAGAUGACAAUGCUGGAAUCAAGUUCCGUGUGAAGGAGCAGAAAUGGCGUCGUGACAUACCUGUACUAUUCGCUAGCGAGAUGGAUGCUCCUGUCAGCUACCAAGUCGAGCUGGAAGAGGUCCUUAUAAGAACGACUCACCUCCUGCUGAUGCUUGAGGAAUCGCAGGGCCGGGUCGUUGAGAACACAGGCAGAGCAUUGAUCUUCGGCUCGUACACAGGCUGA